UCAAACCGGAAGUAGAAUGAUGUCAGACAUUGAGCUUGACGGAGCUGAAGACUGCUGCUGCCUGCAGGGGAGGAAGAUGCGUGGCUAUUUAAAGGUCCCCCCCUCUUCGAAAUAUCAUAUUUAACACACAGGCUCCACGGAGCUCACCAGUCGCCUCCCAAAUGCUUCUUCUCAUCCGACUGGGUGGACGUUAGUCCGGACUGAAGCAGCCGCCAGAAGCAGCGGCGUUUUUACUCCAUCUCUCCAUUUUCACCGAUAAAAACAUUGGAGCUACAACCCCCCCUCAAAAGGAUGGGUAAAGAUUAUUAUAAAAUACUCGGCAUCAGUAAAGGAGCCUCGGAGGAGGACAUCAAGAAAGCGUAUAGAAAGCAGGCGUUGAAAUGGCAUCCCGACAAGAACAAGUCGGCAUCCGCCGAAGAUAAAUUUAAGGAGAUCGCCGAGGCUUAUGAGGUCCUCAGCGACCCCAAGAAAAGGGACAUUUAUGAUCAACAUGGGGAAGAAGGUCUCAAGGGAGGAAGCGGUCCUCCCACCGACGGGCAAGGCAACACCUUCACAUACACCUUCCACGGGGAUCCUCACGCCACCUUCGCCACGUUCUUCGGGGGCUCCAACCCCUUUGACAUGUUCUUCGGGCGCAAGGCCAACGGGCGCGACGACGAUGACAUGGAGGUGGACGGAAACGAUCCGUUUGGCUCCUUCACCAGCUUCAACCUGAACGGAUUCCCUCGGGACGGGCAAGCCGGCCCCGGAGGACAGCAGCAGCAGCAGCAGGGGUCCCGGCGCAAGCAGGACCCCGCCAUCAUCCACGAACUAAGGGUCUCCCUGGAGGAGGUGUUCCACGGCUGCACCAAGAGGAUGAAGAUCUCUCGCAAAAGGUUGAACCCAGACGGCAGGACCAUGCGCACCGAGGACAAGAUCCUCACUAUUGAGAUCAAGCGCGGCUGGAAGGAGGGAACAAAGAUCACAUUCCCGCGGGAGGGAGACGAGUCGCCCAACGCCAUCCCGGCCGACAUCGUUUUCGUCAUCAAGGACAAGCCUCACCCUCACUUCAGGCGGGAAGGCUCCAACAUCGUGUAUCCGGUCCACGUAAGCCUCAGACAGUCGCUGUGCGGAUGCUCGGUUACCGUGUCGACGAUAGACGGCAACACGUGCAACAUGAAGAUCACGGACGUGGUCAAGCCUGGCAUGAGAAAGACUGUGGCGGGUCAGGGGCUUCCCUUACCCAAAAACCCGGAGCAGAGAGGAGACCUGGUGGUGGAGUUUGAUGUGAACUUUCCCGAAACGUUGCCCGGCAACGCCAAGGAUGUCCUUAAGCGGCACUUACCGGCUUAGGGCCAAGUAGCGAUGCAGCGGGCGGGACUGGCAUCUCCACACAGGCAAAGGACGAAUGUGAGAUAUCACCACUAUUUUUGGACGUUUUGGGUGUUUUUAUAAAUAUCACGCAUGCUGCCAAGACCAUCUGUACGUACAAACCCUGUUUCCAUAUGAGUUGGGGAAUUGUGUUCGAUGUAAAUAUAAACAGAAUACAAUGAUUUGCAAAUCCUUUUCAACCCAUAUUCAGUUGAAUAUGCUACAAAGACAACAUAUUUGAUGUUCAAACCGAUAAACAUUUUUUUUUAUGUGCAAAUAAUCAUUAACUUUAGAAUUUGAUGCCAGCAACACAUGACAAAGAAGUUGGGAAAGGUGGCAAUAAAUACUGAUAAAGUAGAGGAUUGCUCAUCAAACACUUAUUUGGAACAUCCCACAGGUGUGCAGGCUAAUUGGGAACAGGUGGGUGCCAUGAUUGGCUAUAAAAACAGCUUCCCCAAAAAAUGCUCAGUCUUUCGCAAGAAAGGAUGGGGCGAGGUACACCCCUUUGUCCACAACUGUGUGAGCAAAUAGUCAAACAGUUUAAGAACAACUUUCUCAAAGUGCAAUUGCAAGAAAUUUAGGGAUUUCAACAUCUACGCUCCAUAAUAUCAUCAAAAGGUUCAGAGAAUCUGGAGAAAUCACUCCACGUAAGCGGCAUGGCCGGAAACCAACAUUGAAUGAGCGUGACCUUCCAUCCCUCAGAUGGCACUGUAUCAAAAACCGACAUCAAUCUCUAAAGGAUAUCACCACAUGGGCUCAGGAACACUUCAGAAAACCACUGUCACUAAAUACAGUUUGUCGCUACAGCUGUAAGUGCAAGUUAAAGCUCUACUAUGCAAAGCGAAAGUCAUUUAUCAACAACAUCCAGAAACGCCGCCGGCUUCUCUGGGUCCGAGAUCAUCUAAGAUGGACUGAUGCAAAGUGGAAAAGUGUUCUGUGGUCUGACGAGUCCACAUUUCAAAUUGUUUUUGGAAAUAUUCGACAUCGUGUCAUCCGGACCAAAGGGGAAGCGAACCAUCCAGACUGUUAUCGACGCAAAGUUGAAAAGCCAGCAUGUGUGAUGGUAUGGGGGUGCAUUAGUGCCCAAGGCAUGGGUAACUUACACAUCUGUGAAGGCACCAUUAAUGCUGAAAGGUACGUACAGGUUUUGGAACAACAUAUGCUGCCAUCUAAGCGUUGUCUUUUUCAAGGUAAAGUUCUACUCUGCAAAGCGUAAGCCAUUUAUCAACAACAUCCAGAAACGCCGCCGGCUUCUCUGGUCCCGAGAUCAUCUAAGAUGGACUGAUGCAAAGUGGAAAAGUGUUCUGUGGUCUGACGAGUCCACAUUUCAAAUUGUUUUUGGAAAUAUUCGACAUUGUGUCAUCCGGAGCAAAGGGGAAGCAAAUCAUCCAGACUGUUAUCGACGCAAAGUUUAAAAGCCAGCAUCUGUGAUGGUAUGGGGGUGCAUUAGUGCCCAAGGCAUGGGUAACUUACACAUCUGUGAAGGCACCAUUAAUGCUGAAAGGUACAUACAGGUUUUGGAACAACAUAUGCUGCCAUUUAAGUGUCGUCUUUUUCAUGGACGCCCCUGCUUAUUUCAGCAAGACAAUGCUAAGCCACAUUCAGCACGUGUUACAACAGUGUUGCUUCGUAAAAAAAGAGUGUGGGUACUUUCCUGGCCCGCCUGCAGUCCAGACCUGUCUCCCAUGGAAAAUGUGUGGUGCAUUAUGAAGCGUAAAAUACGACAGCGGAGACCCCGGACUGUUGAACGACUGAAGCUCUACAUAAAACAAGAAUGGGAAAGAAUUCCACUUUCACAGCUUCAACAAUUAGUUUCCUCAGUUCCCAAAUGUUUAUUGAGUGUUGUUAAAAGAAAAGGUGAUGUAACACAGUGGUGAACAUGCCCUUUCCCAACUACUUUGGCACGUGUUGCAGCCAUGAAAUUCUAAGGUAAUUAUUAUUUGCAAAAAAAAAUAAAGUUUGAGUUUGAACAUCAAAUAUGUUGUCUUUGUAACAUAUUCAACUGAAUAUGGCUUGAAAAGGAUUUGCAAAUCAUUGUAUUCUGUUUAUAUUUACAUCUAACACCAUUUCCCAACUCAUAUGGAAACGGGGUUUGUACACAGACUUCUCUCCCUUUCCAUCACACUCGCCAUAAAAGUUCUGGUGAAGCCCAACAUGUGUUGUGCCAAAGAAAUGCUUUCUCAAAGACGUGACAGGUUUCCUUUGGGAGUUCGGAGUCAUGAUUACGUUCCACCGUGUGUGCGUGUUGUUUAGAAAUAACCUUGUAAAGCUUGAAUUUUAACUUAAAUAUUUCCAUGUGAACUGAUAAAGUAUUGUAAGCACAUAUGACGGUUUUAUUACUCCAGCUCCAAUGCGCAAAGGGCAAUGUCGAAAACGCUGGGUGUGUUUUUUGCUUCAAACUAGUGAGCAGGCCAGCUGCUGCCAACACUUCACUUACAGAUCUUAUACUCACCACCAGGGGACGCUACAUCACUCAUCACGACAAGUGCAUGGGAGGUCCCUUGGUGGGAUGAGUUGAUGAUGCAGUCAGGGGCCACUUUUGUUUUUAGCUGCAGUCAGCUACACAGUAAAACCCAUUCUUCCUUAAUUUGUAUAUUUUAAGGCCGUUGGGUGUGUGUAUUUUUUACACAUACUUUAUAUUUAUAUGUCUGCAAACACUUUAAUACCUGUGACGAAUCCUUUUUAUUCCGGGUGGAUAAAUACACCUGUUGUGGAAGCGCUCAUGCGACAAGAGUGCAGUGUAAAAGUGCGAUUUGGGAGGCAAAUUGGGGCCAAAAAACUGCAAAUAAGCACAAUGUCCAGCAAAAGUUGAAGUUUUUGUACUCAAACUACCGUAAUACAGUAAUAUCCUUGUCUAUGAGUAUAUACAUGUAUUUUGUCUUCUUGUACAUUAAAAAGGAAAAAUGCAAAUUUCCCUAAAUUCCAUACAAAGUAUGUAGAAAAAGACACCUUUGGGUUAAGUCACUGGUAUCAAACUCAAGGCCCGGGGGCCAAAUGUGGCCCGCCACUGCAUUUUAUUUGGCCCUGUAUCAAUAAAGUACUGUAACUUUUCUUACUAAAUGUAUUAUUUAUUUCUAUUUUGGGAGGAAAAAAAAUUAAAAUGUAAUCGCAAAUUAUGUCAAAACUUAAUCAGAAUCAGAAUCAGAACAGUUUUUUAUUGCCAUUGUUGG